AUGGCCCUUCGACCGAUCUCAACGGGUGCCCGCACCAACACCACCCCAGUGUCUGGCGAGGUGUUGACGUCCUUCACGAAGGUCUCGGGCUUCGACUUCCAAUGGCCAGACGCCUUCACCGAGUUGGUGAACUGGGUCUUGCCGUAUUUCAUGAUCAUGCCCUUGACGGCUGCCUACCUCAUGGCAUGUAUGGCCACAUUACCGGGCUUGGGCCCCGAGGCCAAGCAAACCAAGAGGCAGUUGCUGACCAAUGCCUGGGCCCGAUGUAUUUGCAUGGUGUUGUUGGCCUUGCUGCCAUUUCACCUGGACACCAUCCUCAUCCCCUUCGCAUGCGUCUCUUUGGGGGACGGGAUCUAUGUCUUGGCGGAUGUGCCAUCAGUGAAGUGCAGCAGCGCGGAUGAGACCUUCAUGACAAUGUUUGGCGCAGGUUCGCUGGCCAUGUUGGUCUUUGCCACGGGCUUUAGCUGGCUGAUCUACUGCAUUUGGUGCAGUUACCAGUGGCAGCAGGGCACACGCGAUCGAAGCAACAUCCCUUUCUACGUGGCCAUGGUGGAGGUCUCCACCUUUGGGCAGCGAGGCUACACGGCAGAGGUGCGUACGCGAGUGAUGGAGAACGUGUGCGCGGUGCGCGCCUUCGACGUGUCCGCCACGAAGCUCCACGAACGAGAAGCCAAGAUGAGAGCCCGGGAGAUGCUCAAGGGCCGAGACCAUCGGGAGAAGCGCUUUGCGCCGGAGAAGGAGGAGAAGUUCAUUGACAAAAGCGGAGAGCUUGGUCAGGAUGGUUUGCAGCAAAGACUUGCAAUUACAAAGGCGAAGAAGAGAUUUCUGAAGAAGAAUACCUGGCCGUCCAAGGCGGAUGGGAAUCUGGUGACCUACGGCUGGAUCUUCUUGGUGAACACCUUACUCCGGAACCUGCUCUCCAAUGCGGCCAUCAAGCUCACGAGCCAAAAUCUGGUGGUCAUCGGCGCGGGUUUGCAGAUGCUCAUCUUCGCGCUGAAUGUCACCAUGUUGGUCUGUUUGAGCCCAUACAAGUCCCGGUUCGUGGUGAAGACAGAGUCGGUUUUGAUGGGAGUUCUCUUUAUGAUCCUUUGGUGUGCCGUUAUGAAAGAGCUCCUGGAGAGACACACGGAUAGGCACCUUUACGAAGAUAUGGUGGAGACGGUGAACACCAUCAUCACGGCCUUCGCCUUCACCCUGAUGUUCUUUGUACCCUUCGUGCCCAUGUAUUUUGUCUAUCAAGUGAUUAAGAAGGCUGGGCAGCUAGUGACAGGGCCUGAUGCUGUCUUGAACGAGAUCUACAUGACGGCGCACCAGAAGAAGAUGAAGCGUCGAAAGGAAGCCGAAAUGGCAGCUCUCAACAAGUUGGUGGAAAAGGAGGUCGACACGGACGAGAGACGUGAAAUGUUGGCCAACGUAGGACUGGUCAUGCCACAGUUGGAGACGACUCUGGCACGCUUCGAGGAAGCAGGUCUUGGAAAGUAUGUCCUUCCAGAGGUUCAAAAGAAAUAUAUGCUGCGUCUGGGGAAGCUGGCAGGGAAGAUCAACGAGGAACGCGUCUUAGCCAUUGAGGCCGAGCGCAGCCGCGAGGACGCCGACCAAGCGGCCGCGAACCUGGCGGAUGCUCGGGUUCAGAGCAGCUGGAGGAGUCAUGGGGAGUCACUUGUUGGGUGGAGACAUAGGCCAAAUUGA